UGAAUUUGAUUUUAUGUAACGUUAGUGAUGCGGCCAUCGCUGUUAGAUGGUCGCUUUGAUUAGUUUGUUUGGUUAGGCGUUACAUCCGAACACCUGCUGUUAAUGGGGUCAGUGACGUCUACUUGAUUGCACAUGCUCAUUUUCAGCCAGAGGCAUGGUUUGAGGAGUAGCUUUGGGUGGGUUCUGCUCAGGUACACUCCAAUACUCUAUAUCCUCUUUGAGUUUAGAUAACUUACUGUAACUGACAUUUCACCUCACAAUUAUAACACAUGGAAUUUAUAGAAGAAUCACAGUAUAUGGAGCACCAUGCAUGCGGGAUACUGGUGCAUGUGUAUGCUUGUUGGUUUUGUGGAUGAGAUCCAGUCUGACUCCGUCUUUUCCCCUGGGAAUUGAUCUAAUAAAGUUGUGGACUUUGUAAAGCCAGAAUGAAGCAUGCUUGUGAACUGUAAAAUGUCUCUUAUGUAGGCCUAUGUAUAUUUCACAGUAAAAAAAAACACGCAUAACAUUUUUUUGUGUAAAAUAAAUAAAUAAACAACCCUGUUAUUCAUUAAGACACAUAAAUACAAUUUAUUGAUCGUGUUCAAUGAACCGAACCGUUCAAUGUCCAGUCAUCUCACAGGAGUGCAAUAUUACUACAUUAAUCUAUUGACAGUCCAAGCAAUUAUUUAGUAACGUAGUGCUUAGAUUGUGAAUAAAACCCAGAAUCCAAAUCAAUGGCAGCCUAACAACGGCCCUGAAAGCAAGUCUUGUUCGUCUUAUUAUCGGGUUAAUUAAAGCUAGGAUCUGACAAUGUCACUUGGUUGUAGAAAAACGGAUUUAAAUGCAAUGUCUCCCGGGAAAGCGUGUCAAGGGCUGCUUUUCAUUGAGCUAAGAUCGCACCAGGACGGAACCGCGCCCUGAACUGUCAAAGCUGCAAUUAUAGAAUGUUGAUGUUCAAAAGGGGGAUCUGGAUAAUCCGAAUUAUUCAUACUUGUGUACAGUAUGAUAAAGUGAGUUUAAGACACAAAGAAAACGACAUUCAAAGAUGCAUCAAACUUCUAAAAGCAGUUUUUAUAAAAUGGACGGAUAAAAGGCUAGAUCGCGAGACACUUUUAAAAGGGUUCAUUAAAAUUUAAACAUGCAGAAGGGUGCUAUUUGGGCUCGAGGUCAAGAGACGAACGGAUUAUAUACUCCCUCAUAAUAAUAUUAAUUAAACAAUUUGCAUGCUAAUAAGGUAACAAUUAUCGGGGCCUCUGUUGAAAGAUUCGGGUUAUUACAACACGCCAAUCCGGGUGCCAAGGGUCAGGGAGUGAGUGGGGAACGAAAUUUCAGCUCAGAUUAACAUUAUGACAACUCCAGGCAUUGGCCAAAUAAAGUCGAAUUAAUUCUCCGUGGAGACAGGGGGGUGGCAUUGAUUACAUUCAGUGUUCACAAACACAGUUCACUUGCUUAACACCAUGCACGUGCAAAACGUAUAUAUUCUGCUUUUGGUUUAAUGCAAGAUAAAGAAUUACUGACAAAUAAUUUAAGUUAUAUAUAUCAUGUAAGCAUGUAACAAAAGGGCAAUCACUGCAAAUACACACAGUGAGUGAUGAUACAGUGUAGCAGAUGUCAUUAAAAUGUUAAAUGAUAAUAAACAAUUACUAUUUACCAUUUUAUUUUAUUAUUUUCUACUGUUCUUGUGCAUCAAUAGACGACUAUUAAUAAAUAACCUGUUAACACGUCUUGUUGCCCAUAGACUUAUUGCAUUAAAUAUUAAUUAAUACUCAAGGGCUUACUUAGAAACUGAGCUAAAAGCAUCUUAAAGCAUGAUAUACAGAAACCACAAAUAGCUAAACUGGUUGCAAUUUAGACAUAGUUCUUUAAAUGACAUUAAUUACACCAGAGUGCCAUGGCUGGGGAAAUAUAUCUCAUUUUCUGUUAAAUGUCGUGUGCCUUCUAAUUAGCCAUUCGUGUAAUUAAAAGUUCAUUUAUUCCUCGAGCGAAAUGAGUUAAGACAAUUCCAUGUUUUUUAAGCAUUGUCUUAACUGGUUGUAGAUUUGAAUCACAUGUGACAGCUUCGUUUAACGAAUAUCUUCAGGUUGACUUGUGACAGGUAGUCUAAGCAUCCCCUCGCAAAUAAAUAAGCUAGGUCGGUCAAUUUAUCUUACCUGCUCACAUGGCAACGUUUCAGCUUGCCGGUGUAUUGAUGUGUGUUUGUUUUCCCCCGUUUCUUUUGUGAGUUCUUGUUUGUUUGUGCGUGGAAAAAAAGAUUGGAUUGGAUUUGAAUAGAGGGACAUUGUCUCAAACGGUGAUGAAUCCGCCGCCGCGUGUGGCUGCGGUCCGAGGUGAGAUUUCAGUGUCUAUUUAGCGUUUAACUGGGUAUCAAAUCUGAUCGCUCUCCCUCUAAGGCCCCCUGUGUAGUCGUGAUGUAGUUCUUAUCAAAGCCCUCCUGUCUUGUUGUGACAGCUCUGAUAUUGUUUAUUGAGGUGGAUGUCAGGUUUAAUUAGCAAUCGAUAUGGAAAGCGUUUUCGGACCACGUCUCUGACGUCAGCGCCGAUUAACGCUUCUCAUUGGUCUCAAAUUCCCAGAGCCUAAGCUAAUUAUUGGAAGCUUCGUGUUGAUAAAGAACAGCUCAUCCUGCUCCCCACAUCAUGUCCCCUCCUCGCUGCUCUCUCGCGCUGCAUGUUUUUUAAAUUCACAUCACCGACCACCAGACGUCGUUUCCUUUUGCCUGGGAGAUGAUGGACAGCAGGAUACUGGAUCCACCUCAUGCCCAGUUCGGAGGCUCCCUCGGUGGGAUGGUGAGCUUUCCUUACCAUCUCAGCCACCAUCACAUGUACGAAUUAGCCGGUCAUCAACUUCAAUCUACGGCCGCGGUUCCUUUCUCAAUAGACGGAUUACUUAACGGCUCGUGCACAGCGUCUGUGGUUAACUCGAACCCUCUCUUGUCGGCUGGCUGCGGCAUGAAUGGAGAUAACCAACACUACAAACUGACAGAUUCGGGGGAUCCAGAGAAGGAUAGUCCGGGUUGUAAAAGAAGACGAACUCGUACCAAUUUCACAGGCUGGCAGCUGGAAGAAUUAGAGAAGGCUUUUAAUGAAAGUCACUAUCCAGAUGUGUUCAUGAGGGAAGCACUUGCUCUGAGAUUGGAUUUGAUAGAAUCAAGAGUGCAGGUAUGGUUUCAAAAUCGCAGAGCAAAAUGGAGAAAAAAGGAGAACACGAAAAAGGGGCCGGGGCGACCUGCACACAACUCCCAUCCGACGACCUGCAGUGGCGAGCCCAUGGACCCGGAGGAAAUUGCACGCAGAGAACUGGAGAGGAUGGAAAAAAAGAAAAGGAAACAAGAAAGACGGCUUUUAAAAUCCCAGAAUAAACUCAUUUCGGGGGACUUAUUUCACACCCCAGGAUCUGACAGUGACAGUGGCUUGUCACAAAUAACGGACAGCGAGCAAAAUAUCCAUUUCAACCAAACGCAACCAAGCUGUGACCAAACACCGCAGAAACUCGAGGACCAAAGAAACACAGACCAAGACGCACGUGGAUCCGAGCUGGACUCGUCCGACAGCGGUCAGCAGUCAAAUUUGUGCUCCAGUAGUAGGUCUUCCGCUCUUCAAAAACCCAGUCCCUUUAGCGUGGAAAGCCUUCUAUCGGACUCCAGGCCUCGGCGCAAGUCGCCUAUGGACUUUCCAGUACCCACUCCACGGCCUUUGAUAGGGAAAGGACAUUUUUUACUUUACCCUAUAACGCAACCUCUAGGUUUCAUUGUUCCACAGACUGCUUUGAAGACAACGACGUCAAGCCCUGAUGCUGAAAAUGGACAGAAAGGGCCGGCCACUGAUAAUAACUUUGCUGGAAACCCAGGACACAGGAACACCAAGGAGAACAGCAAUGUAAACAGCACCGUCGCGCGUGCAAUCAAAGGCCAGGUCAGUCAGUCGGGCAGCAUAACGUGUUCACCACAGAGCAGUCCACCACAGACUACCAUUAAUGGUCAUUCAUCGGGCAGCUGUAAUGAAAGAUGCCCACAAGAUAUACAGUUAGACCUCGCCGAGCCAAAAUCUCCACAAUCAGAGAAAAAGGAGCAGUCGUUACCAGACUAUCCACCACAAAAUUCAGAAUCAGCGACAACCAGCAAGGACACCGACAAAGACUCAGUUGAUGUCGAUAUGGAAUAAAUUAAAUUAAUGUAGAAACCGAGGAGCGUGUCGAUAUGGGCACGACACUCCUCCAAAGAUUAACCGAAGAGGAAAAAAUGUCGACAUAUCGAAACGUAUCGUUUUCAUUGAAAUAUUUAUAUUCUGAUUAGGGGAAAUGUCUGUAUGAAUAAUUUGUGUAUGUGUGUGGUGGGCUAUCAAAUGUUUAUUGAACAAAUAGCAUCAGCAGCUCCCUGUAUAACAAACUGUAAAAAAAGAGACAAGACAAAACCUCAGACGUUGUAAAAAGUAUUAAGAUAUUUAUAUAUGUAAGUUUUUCAUAAAUAAAUCGAUUGUAUACAA